AUGGUCAAGUCGUACUUUCUUCACGGUGGCACGGAAGUCUUCGGACUGGUCGCGUCCAACACGUCGAACUCACUCUUUGAUGGCAAGCGGGUAUUCGUUCCAGCGUUGGAAGAUGUGUAUGUUUGGGAUGUGAAAAGGGGCGAACUAACAGGAAUGUGGCAUGCUACUGGCCAUUAUCAUCCAGUCACAUCUAUCGCCCGUUCGCCUUCUGACCCCGACAGGUUUGCAGUUGGAUAUCAAGAUGGCUCCGUUCGGAUUUGGUCAUCAAAAUCUAAAACAGAAACUGCAGUUUUCGAAGGGCAUCGUAGGGCGAUUUCUUGCUUGGAAUGGGACAAGGAUGGGGCACGUUUGGCUAGUGGGGCUGUCGAUGGUGAAGUCAUCAUGUGGGAUGUUGCGGGAGAGAGUGGUCUUUUCAAACUGAGAGGCCACAAUAAUCGUAUUACUGGUCUAGUGUUCUUAUCGGGUUCUACUCCAGUCUCCGACCCAUCAUCCUCAACUUCUCUUCCACCCCCUUCAACACACUUACUUACCACCUCUCAGGAUACAUAUCUCAAGUUGUGGGACCUCGAAACACAGCAUACAGUCGAAUCCGUAAUCGCUCAUCGUACCGAAAGUUGGUCUGUGACUGUUAUCCCACCCUCAAGUCGGAGCGACGGUCAAGAUCCAGAUGGCAACGUAGAAGACCCUAUGUUUCUAUUAAUAACUACCGGAGGAGACGGAGAAGCCAAGCUCUGGACAUUGUCAUCAAAUAUCCUCAUAAAUGGUCCCCAACGAGCCAGCAAUGGUCAAGGUUUCAAACGAGCGAUUGUUCACAUCGGAAAUUUGGCUUUGAACACUUCAGGCGCACAUGGCAAACGUGUCUCAGGCGCUACUGCACAUCAUUACACUCUACGUGGAGGAAUAAGUGGUAUUGCUAUCGCUUUCCAAGUCGGAGAUCGUUCUGUAGAAGUUUGGCGGAUUCGCAGUGUCGAAGAAGUCAAGAAGAAACAGGCCCGGCGCAAAAAGAAAGAAGCGGCAAAAACUCGGAAAUCUGGAGAAAAGAAAGACUCUGAAGAGAAGAAAGACACAACGGACGCAGAACAAACAGUCACUUGGCUAGACCGCCUGUGUCCCUGGAUCAUGCUAAGAGGAUCCGGAAAAAUUGCGUCUUUUGCUUUCCCUCCGACAUCGAAUCUUGCUUUAUUUCCUUCCGCGGAGCGACCUGCAGAAUUACAAAUCCUUCUUGCUCUAUCAAACAAUUCGGUCGAAGUAAUGUCGAUUCCCAGGCCGACUACUUCUGCCAAAUGGGCAUCCCUGGAGGCCGAAAAUCUGUACAAGGUCGCCUUGCCCGGCCACCGAACCGAUAUCCGGACAGUCUGCUUGUCCUUUGACGAUCAGCUUUUAGCCAGUGGCAGCAACGGCUCAUUGAAAAUUUGGAAUCUGAAAACUCAAAAAUGUAUCCGCACCAUGGAAUGUGGCUAUGCCCUCUGCGGCACUUGGCUUCCCGGUAACAAACAUGUCUUGAUCGGAACAAAGGAUGGCCGUUUGAUGUUGUAUGAGCUCAGCUCAUGUGCUUUGUUGCAAAGUUGUGAAGCUCACACUGGUGCAAUUUGGUCUAUCGACCUCCGACCAGAUGGAAAAGGGUUUGUGACGGGCGGUGCCGAUAAAUGCGUCAAGUUCUGGAACUUUACGGCUAAGAAGACUUCUGUCGAACCAGUCAAUCAAGACAAUUCGGAUACCACUUCCUUCAGCCAAAAAACAUUAUCUCUGUCAAUGUCACAUUCCAAAACGAUGAAGAUGUCGGAUGAUGUGCUUGGUGUUCGGUAUAGCCCAGACUUCAAAUUCUUGGCAGUCUCAACUUUGGAUUCAACGGUCAAGAUCUUUUUCCAAGACACUCUGAAAUUCUUCUUAUCCCUCUAUGGUCACAAGCUUCCGGUAUUAGACAUGGACAUUUCGUUUGAUUCAAAACUCAUCGUCACCUGCUCUGCUGAUAAGAAUGUCAAGAUUUGGGGUCUUGACUUUGGAGAUUGUCACAAAUCAAUUUUCGCUCAUGAAGAAAGUGUGAUGCGUGUGGCCUUUGAAAGCGGUUCGCAUUACUUUUGGACCGUCGGUCGGGAUAAACUAGUGAAGUAUUGGGAUGGAGACAAGUUUGAAAAUAUUCAAACGCUCACUGGUCAUCAUAAAGAAGUUUCUUCGCUCGCCGUCAGUCACAACGCCAAGUUUCUUGUUACCGGUUCGUUUGAUAAGUCGAUUCGGAUUUGGGAAAAGACCGACGAGCCACUCUUCCUUGAAGAAGAACGAGAAAAAGAGCUAGAACGGCUCUAUAACCAAGAAGAAAACGAACAAGCAGACCUGAUGGCAGUGCGACAGCAGAAAUUGAAGGAGAGUGGAAAGGAGGGCGAAGUUGAGGAGGCUGGUGCAGUAUUGAAACAGACAGCCGAGACUCAGAUGGCGGGUGAGAAGAUAAUCGAGGCACUUAAUCUUGCAGCCGAAGAUUUGGAAGCGUUCGCAAAUUACCAAUCAGUCAAAGCUUCUAUGAAAGAUCCAGCUAUGGCCAAAAAGUUGGCUCCUCCCGCGCGGAGUGCGAUCUUCUCGGCGUUCAACAACAUCUCUGCUCAUGCAUAUGUGCUUAAGGUGGUGGAGAAAGUGCCACGACCGGCACUUGAAGACGCAUUACUGGUUUUACCUUUUGCACAAGUGACAAUGCUGCUCACGCACAUAGACCAUUGGAUCUCGAAGGGUUGGUCGAUCCCUCUAGUCUGCCGGAUCCUGUUCUUUCUACUUCGGACGCACGAAUCCCAGAUCACUGCGACCAAUGGCUUGAAAACGUCGAUCAAUUCGAUCCAGAAGAAGCUCUCGACCCGCUUGUCCAAACACAGAGAGAUGGUCGGCUACAAUGUCGAGGCGAUAAAGUUCUUGAACCAAUCCUUGGAUCUCCAGCAGCAAGGAAAACGGUUCUUUGAUGAUCCGGACCUUAAGUCGGUCGAUGAGAUUCGUGGGAUGAUCGGAAAUACCCAGAAGAGACGCAAAGUAGUCAUUUAA